CCUCUCCCCCGGCCUUUUUCCACCACCGCUUGCGUCGCGCCGGUGCCCUAGAUCGCCAUCGCCUCGCCUCUCGAUCGCCGCCUUCCUUGACAAGGGAAAUCCGCUGCUGUUUCGACGAUGUAUAGAUCGGAGCCCAGGGAAAAGUAUUUUGAUCAUAGGAGUGAAGGGUAUGAUGCGUAUGAAGAUGACUACGAUGAAUAUGAGGAGGAGACAUCAGAAUAUGAAAGAGAAGAGGAGCCCAAACCUCGAAAACCCACCAAGGAAGAACAAGAUUUUCUUAAAUUGAGAGAACAACUGAAGGACCAGAUUAGAAAAAAAUUGAAACGAGAAAAUGCGAGUGCAUUUGGGUGUUCUUCUCAAAGUCAACAGAGUAAAAGAACAAAUAAUGAUAACAAAUUUGGCUCCUUUUUUGGUCCUUCAGAGCCUGUUAUUGCUUCAAGAGUUAUUGAAGAAAGCAAGUCCAUUAGAGAGACGAAGCAUAUUAUUGAAAACAGAUCAAGUUCUGUUAUUCCGAAAAGAGAAGGCCCGUCCUCGGCAGCAACUAUAACGAAUCAUCAGCAUUAUCAACAACCAAAAGUUGUAAAUGAGAUGAAAAGGAAAGCACAAGCGCUAAAAGACAUGCGUGAUUACUCUUUUCUUUUGUCUGAUGAUGCCGAUCUUCCUGAUGCAAAAGAGGAGAUUAGACCUAGGAGCUCACCUCCAAAAGCUUAUGGUCAGUCUGUUCAACGGCCACCACCAGUGCAUAGCAAGUUGCCAAUGAACAAAUCCGCAAACUCAGCCUCCAUUUCCAAUGGAUUGAGGAAAACAGAUCCAAGCAAACAACUUAUGCAAAGAAAGACUGGACCGACAAGAGAAGCUCCAGUCAACCGACCAAAGCCAGCUCCGACAAAGCUGGCUUCAGUACAAUAUAAGACAGGCAUGGUUGGAAAUGCUUCUGGCAAGUCUGUAGGGAAUAAUAUGAUGCAGCGUAAGGUUCCUCCUGGGCAGGUUGUCGGAACAAAUAGGCCUGCGCAGGUUGUUGGUUCAAUUAGGCCUGUGCAGGUUGUCGGUUCAAAUAGGCCUUCACAGGUUGUUGGUUCAAAUAGGCCUGUGCAGGUUGUCGGUUCAAAUAGGCCUUCACAGGUUGUCGGUUCAAAUAGGCCUUCACAGGUUUUCAGUUCAAAUAAGCCUGCGCAGGUUGUCGGUUCAAAUCGGCCUGCACAGGUUGUAGGUUCUAAUAGGCUGCCUAGCAAGGUAGCAAAUGAUCCAAGAUUGAAAAAGGAUAUUUCAACUGCAAGACAACAACUUCCUCCCCAAAAGCAUCACCCUGAACAAAGAAGACCUACUCAAGGAACUGAUCAAGUUAGAAAAAUAGUGAAGCAGCCAAUGCCUCCUCCAAGACCGCAGCCUUCUAAGCAAAACUUGUCGCGCGGCAGCUAUGAUGAACGCCCAAAAAAGAGACCUGCACCAAGGAAUUUAAGUGACGAUGAUGAAGUUGAUUAUCGAAGUCUCAUCAGGGGAAUGUUUAGGUAUAACCCCAACAAGUAUGCAGGGGAUGAUGAAGAUGACAGUGAUAUGGAAGUUGGUUUUGAUACGAUACAGAGAGAAGAACAAAGAAGCUCCUUGAUUGCUAAAAGGGAGGAUGAAGAGCAGCUCCGCCUAAUUGAAGAAGAAGAGGAGCGCGAAAGACAAAGGAGACAGAAAAAAAAAUCACGCAUGGCUAGUUGAUGUCCUAGGGGGUCAAAAUGAUCUCUGCUGUUUAUUGAGCGGAUCAUCUCAUUCCUGCCUAUACAAAGAUGGUUGCUCAACCAUUCAACAAGCACAUUCUUGUUAUGGCUUCUGAUUCAUGUCGGGGAGAGCAACUCUGUGCCGUCAUGAAAAUGGAUCGAUCGAUUCGCUCAGCAUUUACAGAAAAUUGGGUUGAUUUUGUUGCAUGUUGAAACGAUACUUAAUUUCAGUGUUAUUACUCAUUCAUCAUCAUCCUUAUCGAUCCGGUGACUGGCAUUUGUUGGUUGUGGAAAAAAAGAAAUAAAAGGUUUCGAAGGUUUGAAAUCAUAGUAAA